UCCCAUUUCAUUUCCAUUUCCAUUUUCAUUUUUUUUUUGUAUGGUUUUUUUUUUUCUUCUCUCAAUCGGGUUGUGAGGGUCGUUUCAAUCACUUGAUUUUGUUUUCUCAGGGUUGUUCGAUUUGUUCUUAAUCCGUGUGUGUUUGAUCUGUUUUUUUUUUUUUUUUUUUUUUUUUUUUUUUUAAAAUUCCUCAUGCGCGUGUGCUGUGAUUCCGUCAGCUCGUUUCUCCGAUCCAAGAGUUGUAGAUUUUGAUUUCAGCAAUGGCAUCGGCGCAGAACUCAGCGCCGAAUGUGGAUCUCUUUGAUGCAUACUUUCGACGUGCCGAUUUGGACCGCGAUGGUCGAAUUAGUGGUGCUGAAGCGGUUGCCUUCUUUCAAGGGUCUGGAUUGCCCAAACAGGUUCUUGCUCAGAUUUGGGCACUUUCGGACCCGAGACAGAUUGGUUUUCUCGGUCGGGCGGAGUUUAAUAAUGCCCUUAGGCUGGUCACUGUAGCACAGAGUAAGAGGGAACUAACCCCUGAGAUUGUAAAAGCAGCAUUGUUUAGCCCAGCUGCAUCUAAAAUACCUGCACCACAAAUAAAUUUCAAUACCCCGCCUGCAUCUCAGUUCAAUCCUACUCCAGCGUUACCUAAACCUCAGACUGGCAUUGGUACUCCAACUCCCUCACAAGGCUCUGGGUUGGAAUCACAGGUUGCUCGAAGUGUUACUACGACUGCUUCACCGGUUCCUUCUAGAGAGAAUCAAUCUGUAAGGCCUCCGUUGGCCACUUCAAAUUCUGCUUUCCAUCCAGUGCAGGGAUUUUCAGGAGUAGGUCCCGUGUCGGGGCCACCUCCAACAAAUUCUAGCAUCUCGAAUGAUUGGGUCAGUGACCAUGCUGGUGGAGUUCAGGGGACACCUUCACAACCUCCGAACAUAGGAUUCAGUCCUGCUGGAACACAGGUUGGAUUUGGGCAAUCAAGUGCAGGACUAAUAACUUCUCUACCCCCUAGGCCUCAGACUGCUCCUGGAAUAAAGUCGGCUACACCAUCACCUGUGGAUAGUAAUGUGCAAGGUUUUUCUGGAAAUGGGAUUGCUUCUGGAUCAUAUUUUGGAGGAGGGCACUUUGCUGCAAGUUCUGUUCCCUCAAAACAAGAUGUCCCCUCGGAUAAAUUGUCGACUGGCAAUAUCAGUUCUACAUCAGCCACUGUUCCUGUACCUUCUGCUACACAACCAAUAGUUAGAGCAGGUUCCCUUGAUUCUUUGCAAAAUUCAUUUAUGAAACCACCUCUUGCUAAUCAGCCUCCACGGAACCAGCCACUAGGGAAGCCCAAUCAACAGAGCAUAUCGCACCCUGCUUCCUCUGGAUUAUCAACAGGAUCUCAGAACUCUGUUUCUGGUCAAUCUCAGCGCCCUUGGCCUAGAAUGACACAGACUGAUGUGCAGAAGUAUACUAAAGUUUUUGUUGUGGUGGAUAAAGAUAGAGAUGGAAAAAUUACCGGUGAAGAAGCACGCAAUUUGUUCUUGAGUUGGAGACUGCCAAGAGAGGUUUUAAAGCAAGUGUGGGACUUAUCCGAUCAAGAUAAUGAUAGCAUGCUUUCUGUCAGGGAGUUCUGUAUCGCACUCUAUUUGUUGGAGCGACAUAGAGAAGGGCACAUUCUUCCUGCUAUGCUUCCUAGCAACGUCGUGUUUGAUUUUUCCAGCAAUGGUCAUCCUGCAACUCCGGCUGCAUCUAACUAUAGCAAUGCAGCUUGGAGACCUACAGCUGGUUACCAACAGCACCAAGGGGUUCCUGGGUCUGGUAAUGUGCAUGGAGCUCCUGUAGUUGGAGUACAACCGCCUACACCUGCUGCUGCCUCCCCGGUUGAGGAUGAGCCACAGUCCAAUAAGCCAAAAUCAAAGGUUCCUGUGCUGGAGAAAAAUCUUGUUAGUCAACUUAGUACAGAGGAGCAGAACUCCCUCAACUCAAAGUUCCAAGAAGCAGCAGAUGCGGAGAAAAAGGUUGAAGAAUUGGAGAAGGAAAUUUCGGAAUCUAGACAGAAAAUUGAGUAUUAUCGUACUAAAAUGCAAGAACUUGUCUUGUACAAGAGCAGAUGUGACAAUCGGCUGAAUGAAAUAUCUGAAAGAGUGUCUUCAGAAAAACGUGAGGUAGAGUCCCUUGCUAAGAAAUAUGAAGAGAAAUACAAACAAUCUGGUGAUGUAGCCUCCAGAUUAACCGUUGAAGAAGCUACAUUCCGUGAUAUACAGGAGAAGAAGAUGGAACUGUAUCAUGCGAUUGUGAAGAUGGAAGAAGAUGUUAGUGAAGAUGGCAUUAUUCAGGUUCGUGCUGAUCGUAUUCAAGCAGAUAUAGAAGAAUUAGUGAAAUCUCUCAAUGAACGCUGCAAGAGUUAUGGUUUGCGUGCGAAACCAAUAACUCUGAGUGAACUACCUUUCGGCUGGCAACCUGGCAUCCAAGUGGGAGCUGCUGACUGGGACGAGGAUUGGGAUAAAUUUGAGGAGGAAGGUUUCACUGUUGUCAAGGAACUCACUCUUGAUGUGCAGAAUGUCAUAGCACCUCCAAAGCAGAAAUCCAAAUCUGAGUCGGUGCAGAAAGAACAAGGUUCAGCCAUUGACAGCCAAAAAGUUACACCUGCACCAGAUGUUGAUACCAAGGACGGAGGUUCUACACCUGAUGCUGAUUCCAAGGGAGAGAAACCUCCUAGUAUGGAUGAAAAAGCUGUUGAAAAUGGUUCCGUACACGAUAAUAAAAGUGAAGAUGGAUCAGCCAGAAGUGCUCCUAACAGCCCCUUUGCAAGUAGUGUUAUUGAAAGUCCCAAGGAACACAGGGAUUCCAAUUUUGGGAAGGCUGCUGGCUUUGAUGCUUCACCCCGUGACAAGGACACUCAAUAUAGGGAUUCCAAUCUUGGGAAGGCUGCUGGCUUUGAUACUUCACCCCGUGAUAAGGACGCACUAAGUGAUCAUGGAGGUGCGGGAUCUGUGUUUUCUGGUGACAAGAGCUAUGACGAACCAGCUUGGGGAACGUUCGAUAUGAAUGACGAUGUUGACUCUGUUUGGGGCUUCAACGCUGGAGGUUCCACUAAGACUGACAAUGAUGUUAACCGAGACAACUAUUUUUUCGAUUCUGGGGACUUGGGCUUGAAUCCUAUAAGAACAGAACCAUUCCAGGCCAAGAGAAGUACAUUUGCUUUCGAUGAGUCUGUUCCUAGCACCCCACUCUUCAACUCGGGCAAUUCUCCGAACAAUUACCACGAGGGAUCAGAACCAAGUUUUGAGAGCUUCUCAAGGUUUGAUUCUUCCAGUGUGCAUGAAGGUGGUUUCCCUCCGCGAGACACAUUUGCACGAUUCGACUCAAUGCGCAGCAGUAAAGACUUCGACCAGGGCCCUGGAUUCUCACCAUUUGGUCAGUUUGAUACAUCACGCAGCAGUAGAGACUUUGACCAGGGUGGAUCCUCAUUGACGCGAUUCGAUUCAAUGCGCAGCAGUAAAGACUUUGAUCAGGGAUUCCCUUCAUUCUCACGAUUCGAUUCAAUGCGCAGCAGCAAAGACUUUGAUCAGGAAUUCCCUACAUUGUCACGGUUCGAUUCGAUGCAUAGCAGCAAAGAUUUUGAUCAAGGCCACGGAUUUCCAUCAUUCGAUGAUGCAGACUUCGGAUCAACAGGGCCGUUUCGGGCAUCCCUGGAUAAUCAAACUCCAAAGAAAGGAUCAGAUAACUGGAGUGCAUUUUAGCCAGGUUUGUCCUCAGUGUGCCCCCCAUCUUUGCCUCAGGUUGAUGCUUUGUGAUGUAUUUUUUCUGUUCACCUUUGUGUAUUCAAUUUUUUUUCUUUGUUUUUUAUAUAAAUUUUAAAUUCAUUUGUAUGUUCUUUUUAAGAGAAUCCUAUGCACAGCUUAUUGGCGUGAUAAAUUUGAUUAAUCUGCACAG